AAUACGCGGAAGUGGCAGGCGGAAGUAGCCUCGACGGAAGCGGUUCGGUCUGUCAAGGGAAGAAAAAAAUUAGCAGAAUUUGACACAAAGCGGUUAAUCCCACCUAAUAGCACCGAUCUUCCCCCUUUCCUCGCACCGGUGUCCGCCGCCAUGAUCCUGUUAGAGAUCAAUAACCGCAUUAUAGAAGAGACGCUGUCGCUGAAGUUUGACGGCGCGUCCAACGGCACCAAGCCAGAGGGCCUCGAUGUAACGUUUGCAGACUUCGAUGGCGUCCUGUACCACAUCUCCAACCCCAACGGGGAGAAGACCAAAGUGAUGGUCAGCAUCUCCCUGAAGUUCUACAAGGAGCUGCAGGAGCAUGGGGCUGACGAGCUGCUCAAGAGGCUCUAUGGAGACUUCCUGGUUUCAACAGAGGAUGGCUACAACGUGUCCCUGCUCUACGACCUGGAUGCGCUACCAGCCAAUAAAGAGGAGGUGAUCCACCAGGCGGGGAUGCUGAAGAGGAACUGCUUCGCCUCCGUGUUCGAGAAGUACUUCAAGUUUCAGGAAGAGGGCAAGGAGGGCGAGGAGAGGGCCGUGGUCCACUACAGAGACGAUGAGUCCAUGUAUCUGGAGGCUAAGAAAGACAGAGUGACGGUGGUGUUCAGCACGGUGUUCAAAGACGACGACGACGUCAUCAUCGGCAAAGUCUUCAUGCAGGAGUUCAAAGAGGGUCGGAGAGCCAGCCACACGGCCCCCCAGGUGCUGUUCAGCCACCGGGAGCCCCCGCUGGAGCUGAAGGACACGGACGCCGCUGUCGGGGACAACAUCGGAUACAUCACCUUCGUCCUGUUCCCUCGUCACACCAAUGCCAAUGCCAGAGACAACACCAUCAACCUCAUCCACACCUUCAGGGACUACCUGCACUACCACAUAAAGUGCUCCAAGGCCUACAUCCACACACGCAUGAGGGCCAAGACGUCAGAGUUCCUCAAGGUGCUGAACCGCGCUCGCCCCGACGCCGAGAAGAAGGAGAUGAAGACCAUGUCUGGAAAGACGUUCUCCCGCUGAGGCCUGCCCACCCCCCCCACCAGAGAAAUCCAAACCCCUGUGGACACGCCCAGACGCGCUACACUGAGACUCAAACGCCACAUCGGACAGGACCACAGGACGCCUCUAAAUGUCCCCGCCCAGCCCCCGUACAUGUCCCGUCUUUCUUUUUUUUAAUGAAUAAUAAUGUCGGCCCUGCUUAGGGAGAGCCUCGGCUCGAGAUAAAUGGAAAAGGGUAUUCCUUGCUUUGCGUAGUUAAAGAGAAUUAUUAGUCCUAUAUAAAUAUAUAUAUGAAAAAAAAUGAAAUUUUUGAUACGAUAUCUUUUACUCCAUUUGGUACUCUUGCUUGCCCCUCAACCCCCUCACCAUGCAGUAUCCACGCAUCGGAUGAUUUCAACCCCCCCUCUCCUCCUCUCUGUGCUUCAUGUCGUCUGUACCAUUGUCAUUUGAAAAAAAUAAAAUAAAUCACUCUUACAAAAAAGCA